AUGAAGCUCAAGCGUCGAUCGCUCGCCGCGCCCGUUCCCGAGGUGGGCGCGAGACCCUCGACACCGCCGGAGCACGACGAGCCCGCGCACUUCCAGUCCACCCCGGGCUCCGUCGUCGUGAUGCCCGACAUCCGCCGGGGACCCGUCGAUUUGUUGGUCCAUCCGAUCGGAACCGAGCGGCCACCUCCGAGAUCGUCGAGCCCGGCGCCGGGCAAGGGUAGGAAGAUCUGCGUCCAGUGCGACGCCGUCAUCGGCGCCGCGGCGCGCGUCUGCCCGCGCUGCCACGCCGCGCUCCUGCCCGCGUCAAAGAUCAAUCACCGGGAGCGGCCGGGGUUGGCGACGGCGAUCGCGUCGCUCGCGAAAACACCCGUCGGACCCGUCGGACCGGGCGUCAAUCGGAAGGUGGUCAGCGUCAACGAACUCGCCGAACACGGCAUCGCUCGGGUGCGCGUGGUCAGCGGCGUCGCAUCGAACGACGACGACGGAGAGCAGCAUCGCGUCAUCAACAAAGACACCACUCGCGUAAACGAUGUAAACGAUGUAAACGACGACGACGACGUAGAUGACGACGACGAGGAGGACGAGAAGGAGCUCGCCCGCCUCGACGCCGCGGUGGCCGAAGCGAAGCUCCGACUGGAGGAGGGCGCGCGGACGCUUCGGGAAAAGCUGCGAAGCCUCCCGCCCGCCCCGGCCCCCGCGCCCAAUGCGCACAGCUGUGGACACGGCGCGUGGAUCGCCUUCGGGGACGAGUGUCCCACGCGCCGGACGUUCGCUCAUUCGAAUGUCCCGCUCGCGUGUUACUUCGUCAAGGCGUUCGACCCGAGUUGGUUAGACGUCAACCACCGACCGCGUUACGCGGCGUGCAACUCGUGCGGCGGGUGGAGAGACCUGGGGGAAAACCCGAAUGCAGCGGCCGGCGGCGCAGCUGUGCGCAGAAUCAGGAAGAGCCGAACAGACGGCGCCGGCGAUAUUGACGGCGAGAACGAACACGACGGGUUCGACACCGAGCUGGACGCGCGUCGCGCGGCGUCGCGCGCCAGGCGACUCACGCUGGCCGGCCUGGGACGGGAUACGGGUGCCCACGGGGGUGCCCACGGGGGUGCCCACGGGGGUGCCCACGGACCUUACGGUUACGCGUACGCCGCGGCCACCGCGGAGGAACUCGCGGGCGCCGCCGAGGAAGCCGCCUGUCGGGUGAGGUCGUCGCCGAGCUUCUCGAUCCUGGGCGGGCGGCGCGGGGAGGAAGGCCUCGCUUGCGUGGUGGAGCCGGUGGACGCGCUCGCGGUGGCGGCGACGGCGCUCGCGACGCGCUCAUCGCCGGACGUGGAAGGCGGCGACUGGUCGCGUUCGCCGGCUCCGAGCGAGGCGCUGACGCUGGAGGCGAUGGUGGCCGCGGCGGAGGCGUCGGAAUCUGGCGAGGCGGACGAGCCGCCGCCGCCGCCGCCGCCCCCCGCGGCUUCGACGCCGGCCCGGCGGCUCACGUUCGUGAUGAGACGCCCCGCGCCGGACGAUACGCCCGCGGAGACGCCUCCAAACGAAACAAUCGCGGCUCCGAGUCCGGCGACGUUGAAACACGUAGGAGACGAAGGAGAGCCGCCGCCGCCGCCGACGACCAAGUGCGGUUGCGUCCCGGACGUUCCGGAGGGCUGGCGGCGGUGGGAGACGAUGCGCACCAAGCCGUCGGCGAACGGCCAGUUGGCGGCGGACUGCUACUACAGGUCCCCGGACGUCGGCGGCGGCGGGAAGCUCGUCGGUCGCGGCGGCGGAUCAGGUUCCGUCGUGUUGCGGAGCGAAAAGGAGAUUGAAGCGUUUCUCCGAUCGCCCCCCGCGUCCCUCGUGGACGCGUGCGCGGGGCUCACGAUCGAUCGGUUCUGGUGCAGGCCGUUCACGCGGGGCAGGUGCAUCGCGCGGGGUGCCGGGCGGCGCGCGAGGGAGGCGGAGGCGGAGGCGGAGACGGAUGAGGCGCUCGAGGAGGCGCUAAAGACGACCGAAAAGGGACACCGAAAAGACGAACCCGCCUCGCUCUCGGCGCCGCUGCUCGGAAUCGAACCCGCGGCGUUGGAGCGGGCGAGCGUCGCCUCCGACGACGUUCCCGCCGUCCCAACGCCCCCCGGGGGACCCACCGCGGACGACGCCGUCCCAAUUGACGUGGAGGCUAUGCGCGCUGCCGUCAGGGCGCAGCUCAGGGAGGAGCUCAGAGCGCAGGUUGCGGCGGAGCUGAGGGCGGAGAUGAUGCGUACAGCUGUGCCAGCUGUGCCGCCGGCCGCCCCGCCAGCUGUGUACGCCGCCAGCUGUGCCGCGGACGAGGACGCGCGAGCGGAACGCGAGGCGUGGGAGGGUAAGGCGGGGAUGCGCGAAUAG